AUGAAUUUUCCUAUGGCUUCUGAUGAAAUUUGCUUGUCAAAGCUUAGCAUCAUGUUUUGUGUCCUGAAUGAUGACAUGAUAAAACGUAAACAUCCCAUGAGAAAAUGUAAAUUGAGGCAGAAAAGCAGAAAUAUGAGACAAGAAUUUGAUGACAAGAAAAAGAGGGGGAAUGAGAAAAUAGUUUCCAAUUAUCUUCCUUAA